AUGCCGGGCCACGGGGGGGACCCCGGGGAGAGGCGGGCAGGGGGAUCCCCAGGCCCGGCGCGGCGGCGGCUGACGCGGGCUCUCCCAUGCAGGAUCACAGUGCUGGCUGGCGACACGCUGCCCAUCGAGGUGUACUGCCACAUCCCCAUCAUGUGCGAGGACAGGAGCCUCCCCUACGCGUACGUCCCCUCCAAAUCGGACCUGGGAGCUGCCGCCGGCUCGAAGCGCCCGACCUGCGUCAUCAUGAUCAAGCCGCACGGGGAGUACCAGGAGAAGGGUGCGCAGGGCAAGGGCUCCUGCAGUCAGCGCAUAGGGCACAUGCAAGACCCCCAUCCUGGCGCCGAAGGUCCCCUGCUCUGGAGAUGCCCCUAG